CAUUGAAGGUAAAUUUCCUACUACUACUAUUAAACCCCAAGCUACUUAAGCAAAAGAGAUUAUGAUCUCUUAAUUGCCAAAUCCAGUCAACUCUUUCCAGUCCUCAUGUUAAUUGGCCUCUCUCUUUCAGCAGCAUUUGGCACAGGUGGCCACAGCUUUUCCUUCCUUUCUUUCCUCCUCUGGCUCCUAAUCACAUAUGUUUAUGCUAUUUCUGCUGUCACCAUUUCUUCUCAAUUUCCUUAGCUGACUCUACUUUUUCUCCCUCUUAAAUCCUCUUAAAUCUUAAAUCUUGGUGCUCCUCAGAGUUCUAUCCUAGGAAUUUUAUUCUCAUUCUGUAAUACAUACUGCACGUGGAUUACCUUAUCCAUUCCCAUGGCUUCUACUAUCAUGAGUAUGCUGGUGACUUCCUAAUCUAUACCUCAAAUUGUAUUUGGAAAGAUAGAUUAGGUUCAGUGAGAUGAGACAAUAGCUGGGAUCAUAGGUGUGUGACAUUGCACGUGUCAGGUGCAAUGAUCCCAGCUAUUAGGGAGGCUGAAGUGAGAGGACAGCUUGAGCUCAGGAGUUCAAGACCAGCUUGGGCAACAUAGUAAGACCUGUCUUAAAAGAAAAGAAAAGAAAAGAAAAGAUCUACCCAAAAUCUCAGUAGCUUAAUACAGAAAAGUUUACUUUUUGCUCAUAUAGAGUCUACUGCGGGUCCAAGUGACUCCCCAGAGAAACUGUCCUCCAUAUGUUGACUCAAUGAUCCAGGGUUAGAACUCCUACCUUCACCUUCCCAUCAUAAAAUCUCCAUUGUUGUGGGAGGGGGUCAGAGCAGGUUUUGCAUCAGCAAUUAAAUGCUUUGGCUAAAUGAGACAUGCAUCACUUCAUUCGCUACCCAUUGGCCAGAACUUGUCACAUGACAUUACCCAACCACAAGGGAGGCUCCACACAAGAAGGAGAGGAGAACUGGUUAUUGGUGAGAACUAGUAUUGUCUACCACACAAAUCUAGAUCUCUUUUGUGAGCCCCAGAUCUGUGCAUCCAACUGCUCUCUCAACAUCUUUACCUAAAUGUUCCACAGGCACCCCAAACCCAAUGUGUCCAAAAUUAAACUCAUUAUUUUUUCCCAAUCCUAUAACCCCUUAUUUUAUAUUAUCAACGUUAGUUGAUGGAUACAACGCAGGAAACGUAGUUAUUGCCACAUCCCCUCUCUCUCUUACUUUCCUCUCACACCUAAUAAAUGACUAGACUCAUCACCUAUCUGCUCUACCUCUUCCCCGUGUCCAUUGCCGCUAUUCAGAUCAUCCUAGUUUCUCACUUGGAACUCUGCAACACCAAAGGAUUCUUCACCCACUGUCUGGCACCUCACCAGUCCCCCCUACACUCUGUUGCCUAAACCCAAAUGUGCUUGUGUUAGUCCUCUUCAGCAGUCUUUCCAUUGCCUAUACGGGUAAAAUAUGUUUAGGGCCCGCUAUUACCUGGUUUUAUCUAUCCUCUCCAGCCUUUCCUCUUCCAUUACCCACCCUUAUCCUAUCCUCAUUCCCCAUAGCACCACCUAUGGUGAAAUACUUGCAUUUCCCUAAACUCAACCAUUGUGCCAAAGCAUGCCCUUGUUUACCCUGUCCCUCUACCUGGAAUACACUUCCUCCCUCGGUCUGCCUAGAAAAUUAUUCAUCUUUCAAGGUGCAACUCAAACAUUGUCUCCUCUAUGAGGCUUUUCUUGACACCUAUCCUCCCUCCUUAUCGUGUAGCCUGACCUCUUUGUUCAUUGCAUCUCACUCUAUCCUGUACGGAUGUCUCACAUCUACAAUAUUUCAUUAUGCUUAUUUAUGUGACUGGCCAAUCUGGAACAUGCUUUUGUAGAUGAAUGAAGAUAUCUGUCUCUCUGCAACGGACAGAUCCCGCAAGUCAAGAACUGUUGUCUUACUCAUUAUUGAACCUCCAGAGCUUGACAGGGUGUUUGGGUAGGUGCUAACUAAAUGUCUAAUUAAUUAGUUAAUCCUCCCUCUAAGUCUUGAAAUACCGCUGUUUCCUUCUGUGGCUCCUCUUCCUCCUUCUUGCCCUUUGGUUGUGUCUUUGAUCAUUGUCUAAUCUUUUAUCCCCCCUUGUUUUUGCUGCCACCUUCCUAAAUAUCUCCCAAAUCCAUAUAUAUCUCUUCAUCUCUAGUGCUACCAUCCUAGUCCACAUUACUAUUACCCUCCUCAACUGUAUCACUGCAGUAAUCUCUCAGCUGGUCUAUUCAUAUCUAUUCUGGCUAACUUCCAAUCUGUUUGCUCCAUUUUUAGUGAUUGUUCCAUAAUGCAAACCUGAUCAUGUCAUCCUUGCUUAAAUAUCUUUAGUACAGAUAAACCCACUUCUCUUAAAGACAAAAGUUGUGACGGACUGGCCCCUUCCUGCCUAUUCAACCUCAUCCUCAUCAUGCUCCACCCUCUGCCCACAACCCAGUGCCACCUCACAUACUUCCUCUUUCAGCUUUUGUCAAACUAGUCUUUUUUUUUUGCCCUUCAACUUCCUACCUUCCUUCUGGCACAGGAUUUUUAAAUGUUCUGUUCCCUCUGAACUUUCCCUUCCUCUUGGUCUAGUGGAACUGCAACUCACAUUUCAGAUUUCGGCUUAAGUGUUGGGUCAUUUUGUUAUGUUUUUUGGCUUUAGGAAGGCUUCCCUGGUCCUCUUCCCCUCUGUUGUAGGCAUCCAUGGCACAGGGUCCUGAUCCUUCACAGCACACUUAACAAUCACAAUUUACCAUUUCUUUGUGUGGUAAGGGCCUCCUUUACUAGUCUGAAAGUUCCAUGAAGGCAGCCCCUCACGCUCGUCAUAAUAUCCUUAAAGCUUAGAAUGGUACACAGCACAUAUUAAAUGUUCAAUAAAUGUUUUGGAGUAAGUGAAUGAAGAAAUGAAUUAUCUCAGCAACUGAGGUUCAAAAACUUGAAGUAAUCAUUGACUCAUCCUACUGUUUUAUUCCCCAUAUCCAGGUCCCAAGUUAUAUGUCCUCCAAUUUUAUGAUCCCUGUGGUUUCGGCCUAUACCCUUACUACACAAUACCCAGAAUAUCACUGUACCGUCUAGCUUCUUUGUCUCUACCCACAAUUUAUCUUAUAUGAUAUGGUACAAUCUGUCAUAAAGGCUAUGUUUAUCAUGUUAUAUCUCAAUCAAAAAUCUUUAGUGUUUAUUUUUUAAAUAUUUCAAAUAUAUCGUGCUUGGACUUAAAGCUCCCCACCAUCUGGCUGCAAUCCAUCUAAGUCAACUAUUUUUCAUCUCCCACCCUCUCCAAAUGCCCCUCCCUAUUUAUUUAUUUAUUUAUUUAAGCACUCUGUCACUCAGGCUAAAGUGCAAUGGCAUGAUCGUGACUCACUGUAGCCUCAAACUCCUGGGCGCAAAGGAUCCUCCUGCCUCAGCCCCCCAAAGUGCUGGAUUACAGGCGUCAACCACCACACCCAGCCAAAAUGUUCCACUCUUGAACUGUGCUAAUAUCCCAGAAAUACAUCACUUGAAUUUCAGCAACCAACCCUGGGCCUAGGGCACUCCUCCCACAGCCCUUUCUUCCUCCAUCCAUCCAAAGCCUAUCCGCGCUCAAGGUUUACCUGAAUACUUCCUUGCCUGAUUUCUCCAGCUCUGCCAGCUGUGAGUUACUCUUCUCUCCACGUGGAAACCUCUUCCCCAGACUCUGUGCAUGGCUAGCUCCUUCUCAUCCUCGAGUUCUCUAAGUGGAAAUGUCCACUCCUUAGAGAAGCCUUCCCCAGUCCUCCAUCUUCUCUGAAGACAUUCUCCCAGUGUAUUCUGUCUAGCUAGCACUCUUUUUUUUCCCUCAAGGCCCUUAAUACAAUGUGUCAUUGACUUAUCAUUUACUUGUUUUUCAUUUCUCUUCUCAAUUAUGUGGUAGAGUCUGUGAGGCAAGGAACUUUUCUGCCUUGCUCUCCGAAAAACCUGUAAUAAUCUGGUCAGUUAUUAAACCUAUAUAACCUGGUCAGGCACAGUGGCUCACGUCUGUAAUUCCAGCACUUUGCGAGGCCAAGGCAGGCGGAUCACCUGAGGUCAGGAGUUCAAGACCAUCCUGACCAACGUGGUGAAACCCGUCUCUACUAAAAAUACAAAAUUAGCCAGGCAUGGUGGCGCACGCCUGUAAUCCCAGCUACUUGGGAGGCUGAGGCAGGAGAAUUGCUUGAGCCCAGGAGGUGGAGGUUGCAGUGAGCCAAGGUUGCAACAUUGCACUCUAGCCUGGGCAACAAGCAAGAAAUUCUGCCUCAAAAAAAAAAAAAAAAAGAAAAGAAAAAAAAACCUAUAACACCAGCUCACUGUAUGGCCUAUAGCAUUUACUUAAUGAGUAUAUUUAUUAAUAUUAUUUUACAAAUAAAUAUUUAUAAAGAAACGAUUCGCCUUCCCUUUGAAGGGAUGUUAACACUCUUAACACAUUUGAAGUCUGCACAGCUAGUACUUAACUCUUAGCACUGUUUGCUCUUCAUUUUUCAUUAUCAGCCUCAUCUCCCUGGUUAGAAUAGAUGAGAUUAUAAGGUUUUUGAUGACAAUGUCAUACUGAUGCGACCUCCACAGUAAAUCUGGCACAGUGGUUAAAGUAAACACUUAAUAAAUAUUUAAUUAGCAAGAAACCUGUCUUGCCUCCUUAUGUUCUGUCAUUCAUGUGUCAGACACAAAGAAAAGGUACAAAAGAAAGAUUAAAAAAUCAUAAUGUUGGGCCGGGCACGGUGACUCAGGCCUGUAAUCCCAGCACUUUGGGAGGCCGAGGCGGGCGGAUCACGAGGUCAGGAGGUCAAGACCAUCCUGGCUAACACGGUGAAACCCCGUCUCUACUAAACAAAAUACAAAAAAUUAGCCGGGCGUGGUGGUGGGCGCCUGUAGUCCCAGCUACUCGGGAAACUGAGGCAGGAGAAUGGCGUGAACCCGGGAGGCGGAGCUUGCAGUGAGCCGAGAUAGCGCCACUGCACUCCAGCCUGGGCCACAGAGCGAGACUCCGUCUCAAAAAAUAAAAUAAAUAAAUCAUAAUGUUGACCUCAAAGAGGAAGCCUACCCUUGAGUUUAGUAAGAUCUUUGCUACACACAAUGUGAUGCUGGCAGUGGCAGGGGCAGUGAUCUUUAUUUCGUCAUUUUUGAAACAUAGAAGCUGUAACGGAAGCAAGUGAAAUGCUCAGUCUUAGACGAUUGCGUCGUGCUAUGACCGGACUUUUUCUUGAAAGGGGAUGACAGCAUGGGAGGAAAUGGCUCCACAUGUAAACCCGACACUGAAAGACAAGGCACUCUCUCCACAGCAGCCCCAACAACUAGCCCUGCACCCUGUCUCUCUAACCACCACAACAAAAAACAUUUAAUCCUUGCCUUUUGUGCUGGGGUUAUACUGACACUGCUGCUGAUAGCCUUUAUCUUCCUCAUCAUAAAGAGCUACAGAAAAUAUCGAAGGGAGAGGCUUCCCAUUUCCCCAGGCCCAUUGCUGAGAUGGGUCCCUCUUCUUUCUGGCACCAUGGCAGAUCACUCCAAGCCCCGGGCCCCAGAUCCUCACUCAGAUCCUCCAGCCAAGCUUUCAUCCAUCCCAGGGGAAUCACUUACCUAUGCCAGCACAACUUUCAAACUCUCAGAAGAAAAGAGCAAUCACUUGGCUGAGAACCAUUCUGCAGACUUUGACCCCAUUGUCUAUGCUCAAAUUAAAGUAACAAACUAACCCAGCUUUUCCAAUGAGGCUUGAAUCCAUUUCCUCUCAUCUCAGCCCUAUCUUCACACAUCACUUUCACUUUUUUACAAAUUUUGGACCACCACCUGUGUGAAACUGCAGUCGGAGUUGUUUAGAUGUGAUCUGGCAAUGCUAUCCAGCAGCUUUGGAGACCAAUGGUCAGUCUUUUCCUGGCCAGAGGAAAGAUUGAUGGCCCUCCCACUUGAACUGACAGCCUGUGAGCCCCUUGGGGGCAUAGACUGCCUUCCUUGGACCCUUCCAAAGUGUGUGGUAUGGAGCUCAGUGCACAGAGUAUUCACCCAGCAUCAUGAAUCAACUUGGGAGGAGUCAACCAAAUGAACAAUCUACCAAAAAUUUCAAAUAAAGUCAAACC